GUGCUGCCCACCUGAAUCAGCUGAAGCAAGAAGCAAUCCAGGUCAUCCACAAUCUUGACCAAGCCAGCUGUCAAGAGGCAACAGAAACCUCUACAAAUGCUGCGGCAAUGGCUGCUGUGAUACCAAGAUUGACCUCCCAAAACAUGGUCAGUGUCUCUUCUCAAAGGGACUUGUCUCUCAUGGCUGGACAGGGGGGUAGACAGCCUGGCAAAACUACACACUUUUUCUCUGGGACGGAGAGGAAGAAGGGACUAGGGUGGCCACAAGGUGCAGGUGGCUUCCCAAACUCCAGCGUUCAAGUGACAGUGGCUCCCAGUGGCCUUAGUGGGGCACUGAGCUCAGUAACGAUCCAGGCUCAGCAGUACCUUGAAGGGAUGUGGAGUAUCUCCCGAGUAAACAGUUUUCUUCCUCAAGCUUGUCUAGAGGCAACAACAGGAGAGUGUGGAAAAGAAGGUUCUAAUUUUCAAGUUACCUCAGGACAAAACAACUGUGACCAGAUGGGGACUGGCGGUUCCCAGAGUUUGAUUGCUCCUGCUGGCGUCUCCACAGGUACUUCAGCAGCAGCUUCUUUCUUCAUAAGAGCUGCCCAGAAACUUAACCUGUCCUCAAAGAAAAAGAAGCAUCAUGCACCUUUGCUGCACUCCCAUGGUGUCUCUAUCUAUGCCACAAAUUUUAGUGGCAUCCUACAGAUGUAUCCUCCUCCAGCACCACCAUGCCUUUUAAGAGCUGUAUCAAAAGUCAAAGACAACCCAGGAAUUGGAAAGGUGAAGGUGAUGGUGAAAAUUUGCCCAUCACAAGAAGCACACAAUACAUCGGAAUCUAUGUCGUUUCUGAAGGUAGAUUCACGAAAAAAGCAGAUCACACUUUAUGAUCCAUCUACAAGUGGCUGUAAUGCAAGUCACCGAAGAGGAGCUGUGGCUGUCCCAAAGAUGUUUGCUUUCGAUGCAGUGUUCCCCCAGGAUGCUUCCCAGGCUGAAGUAUGCUCUGGAACAGUAGCAGAAGUAAUCCAGUCUGUCGUGAAUGGUGCAGAUGGUUGCAUCUUUUGCUUUGGCCAUGUCAAGCUUGGCAAAUCCUACACAAUGUUUGGAGAAGAUAACUCCACCCAAAGCCUUGGCAUCGUACCUUGUGCUAUCUCAUGGCUCUUCAAGUUAAUCAAUGAGCGCAAAGAGAAGACUGGGACUCGUUUCUCAAUUCGAGUAUCUGCUGUGGAGAUCAGCGGCAAAGAUGAAAACCUUAAGGAUUUGUUAGCUGAAGUAGCCACUGGCAGUCUUCAAGAUGGACAAUCCCCAGGGGUCUACCUACGAGAAGAUCCAAUAUGUGGAACACAGCUUCAGAAUCAAAGUGAAUUGAGGGCCCCAACAGCAGAGAAAGCAGCUUUUUUCCUCGAUGCAGCGCUGGCUGCCAGGAGUACUAGCAAACCAGAAUGUGAUGAAGAAGAUCGGAGGAAUUCACACAUGUUUUUCACAUUUCAUAUAUAUCAGUAUCGCAUGGAGAAGAGUGGCAAAGGAGGAAUUGAGGUUGAUCCUGAUCUCGAUAAGGAAUCUCAAGAUUAUCUGGAGGCAUUAGAACAAGUGACGAGUGAACUAGAGCAAUGUGUAAAUCUGUGCAAGUCGCGUGUCAUGAUAGUCACCUGCUUUGAUAUUGGAGUGAUUAAUGACAUCCAGGAUGGAGCACAAGAAGUGGAACAGUAUGCAUCCAGCUCAUCUGGAGGAGAAAGUUCUUGUGAAGAAGGCCAUGUACGACGACCUCCUCAUCUGAGACCAUUUCAUCCAAGGACUAUAGCUCUCGAUCCUGACAUUCCUGUAUUGAAUCUUUCUAGUGAACAUGAUUAUUCCUCAAGCAGUGAGCAGUCCUGUGACACUGUUAUCUAUGUAGGUUCCAAUGGUACUGCUUUGUCAGACAGAGAGCUGACAGAUAAUGAAGGCCCUCCAGAAUUUGUCCCCAUAAUCCCUUCUUUGAACAAAAAAAGAAGCAAGGACAAUUGUGGUCUUCCAAAAAGCUCUGACAAAGAUCACUUUAAGUGCAACACCUUUGCAGAAUUGCAGGAAAGAUUGGAGUGUAUUGAUGGAAGUGAGGAACCUGUCAAGUUUCCUGUUGGAGAGAUUGCUGCUUUAGCUUCCAAUAGCACAGUACCCAUGCCUACAGAAAAUGGGCAAUCUAAAUCCAAACCAUCUUCUCCUAUUGGAGGCUUUAAAAAACCAUUUUCACAAGAAACAGGAACUCCAAAAAAGGGGCAAAGCAUUUAUUUCCAGCACAACAUCACUUGCCCUGAAAAGAAGGCAUCUCCUUUAAACACAGAACAUGCCAAAUUGCAAUCAAAACCUGAAAGCAAGAGAGUAGAUUUCAGUGGGAAUAACGAAGUAGUGGUUGAUUCCUGUCAAGUAUCAACAAGUCAUUGUGCUAAGACUCAUGAAUCAAGUCAAGCUGAUGCUGAAAUGGUUGUGAAAGAAAAAACUUCUUAUAUGAAGAGACCGUUGCCCAGCCCUGCUCCUCCACCACCUCAGCAGCAGGGAUGUCUAGUGACAAGCAAACAAGCAUAUCUAAAGGUGGAUCACAACAAUUCCAUCAGGACCCCACCUGUAGGAAUGAGUAAACAAGGUGCUAGUGAAACUGAACAUAACACCAUAGCUAAUGACCCAGAACAGCAGGCAGAUGGUAUUGAAGUUCAUAGAUUUCGAUCAUCUUUCCGAGGCCCGUGCUUUGACAGGGAUAUACUGACAACAACAGUGACUUUGCAGAAGCCUGUGGAACUCAAUGGUGAAGAUGAGCUUGUCUUUACAGUGGUUGAGGAGUUAUCUAUCAGUGGUAUUAUGGACAAUGGAAGACCCUCUAGCAUCAUCAGCUUUAACAGUGACUGUUCUCUUCAGGCUCUUGCCUCUGGUUCUAGGCCAGUUAGUAUCAUCAGCAGUAUAAAUGAUGAGUUUGAUGCUUAUACCUCUCAGGCAAGUACAACAGGUGUCAACAUUGAUAUUGUUGUACCAUUUUCUGAAGAACCCUUCACUAGUAGCAGCAGACGUUCCUCGAUCAGCUCAUGGCUAAGUGAAGUCAGUAUCUGUACAAUUGGAAGUGAAGGAGCCCAUCCCAGUGAUGGUUUUCUUAUGCAACCCUUGUAUGGCUAUCACAAGUCUGAGGAACCUUUAACUUUGGGUUCUCCUAAUAUCUCUGCUCCCUUGAAAACUACCUUGAAUGAUAGCGGCUUUUGCUUUUCAGAAUUGGAGAGUGAGAGCAUGAAUUCAAGCAAAACAGCCUCAGGAGUCAAUAGAAGCCUUCAAAACUAUGACUUAACCAAAGUGUGUCAGAUUGGAAGUACUCUUUGCAUCACUGAUCAGGCCACAAAAGUUAAGCUUUCUAAUUCUCAAAACACUCCAGUGAUUGAAACUAUACACUCCAGUCUUCCCCGAAGAACAAAAGCUACCUCAUCUCUGACUCAUAAUAAUACUCUAUGUGAUAAAGAACUGCAAAAGCCACAUGUGAUGUUUGACGAUCCCUGGUUGGUUCGCACAGACAAUCGUCUGGAAACUAAUACCACAGAUAUGUUACCUUCAAAUUCUCAGGCAUUUUGCACACAGAAGCAGCCACCAAGAUCUACCCAACAAUUUGGUAGCACAACUAAAGCUUUAAAAUCCCAGACAUUACUUGCCUGUUCACAAAGGGUGGUAGACGGUUGUGAAAUGAGCUGCAAGUCUUCUAGUGGAGUUGCUAAAAAAUCUGAAGCUUUCCCUAAAAUUCCACAGCUUAAAAGAGGAGCCACCACACUAGGAGUAGUUCCUGUGUCACACAGCAGUGGUGCUUUUACAGAAGGUAUGCACAGAGGGAAUUCUGAAGCUGCUUUUGCCAUUGGGAGCCUGAAAAAGAAGAAUGCACAGCAAAAGAUGAGUAUGUUACCCAGGUCAAAUGGCAUAAUACCUCCAGCACCUCCCGUUCGUAAAUCCAGCCUUGAGCAAAAAAAUGGAGGGGCCAAAGCUGUAGGAUUAGAAGCUAGUAGGGCUGCUGCAGUCAAACAUGAUGAUGAGAUUGAUUCACGACUGAGAACUGGGUUAUGUACUGCUGAAAAUGCCAGUAGCAAAUAUAGCGUCCGAGGAGACCAUUCCUUGCCAAAAGCAACUUCAAGUUUAAAGGCCAAGGCAUCAAAAAGUGAAGGUGUCCAUCGUUAUGGGAGCCACACAUCCCUUGAGAGAUGUGACAGCUUGCUAUCUGUGGGAGGAAAAACUAAUCUGAAUAAGGAAAAUGGUGGUGGCAGCCUUAGCAAUGGCAGGAAUGGCCGGCUAGUCCCCAGACUGGGAGUUCCUCCUGAUACUUCUGGCCUGACCUCUCCUCCAUCGUGCUCCAUGUCUGUAUCUUGCAAAAAUAGUCAAAUGAAAAGUGCUACCAGUCAGAAAACUGCGAUUGGUGGGAAUAAGAGCCGUAGCCUUUCAGCGAGUGGAUCCAAGUCUCUGAGCUCCUCUGUGAAGUCUUUGGCUCAGUCUGCUGGGAAGAACUCUAGCAUUCCUUUGAGUGGGAAAACAGCUCCAAAGUCCACGCAAGGCACGAAUAAUAAACCUGGCCGAGGAACAAUUAUGGGAACUAAGCAGGCCAUUAGGGCAGCCAAUAGUCGUGUGAAUGAGCUAGCCUCAGGAAGCUCAGGCAAGAUGAGCCAUUUCCGGGGUUCGACAGACUCCGAUAGUGGCAAUGACAGUGGAAUAAAUCUAAGUGAUGAGAAGUCACAGGUCCAGAUGCUGCCAUCUCCAUACAGUAAGAUAACUGCGCCGAGGAGACCUCAGCGCUACAGCAGUGGGCACGGGAGUGAUAACAGUAGUGUCUUAAGUGGGGAACUACCACCUGCAAUGGGUAGGACAGCUCUUUUUUACCACAGUGGUGGCAGCAGUGGCUAUGAAAGCAUGAUCCGUGACAGCGAAGCCACUGGCAGUGCUUCUUCAGCGCAUGAUUCCAUGAGCGAAAGUGGGAUGUCAUCACCAAGUCGCAUGAGAAGUUUGAAAUCCCCAAAGAAAAGAUCAGCAGGCUUCCAGCGCCGUCGACUGAUUCCAGCCCCUCUUCCUGAUUCUACAUCGCUGGGCAGAAAGCAGAAUGUGGCUGGCCAGUGGGUUGAUCUUCCCCCUUUACCAGGGACUUUGAAAGAGCCAUUUGAAAUAAAAGUUUAUGAGAUUGAUGAUGUGGAACGAUUACAGCGACAUCGACAAGAGGAAAGUGAGCCUUUCCAGGAUGUUGAAAAGGGCUUGAUAUAUUUUAAUACAAAGCUGAAAAUCCUAGAGAGACGUCACCAACGGAUUAGAGAAAUGAAAGCAAAGCAUGAGUUGUUGAAAGAGGAAUUGGAAGAAACAAAGUGCAGGCUGAUGUUGGAUCCAAGCAAGUGGAAAGGAGAAUUUGAGGUUGAUCCUGAUCUCGAUAAGGAAUCUCAAGAUUAUCUGGAGGCAUUAGAACAAGUGACGAGUGAACUAGAGCAAUGUGUAAAUCUGUGCAAGUCGCGUGUCAUGAUAGUCACCUGCUUUGAUAUUGGAGUGAUUAAUGACAUCCAGGAUGGAGCACAAGAAGUGGAAGUUUGAAAACAUUUGUGAAGGGAUUUAAGGCAGUGGAACCAAACUUUCAAAGGAAGGAAGAAAAAUAGGUGUAUUGGAAAGUGAUGGUGGACGUGUGAGAAUUUAUUGCGACAAGGAAUGUUGUGGAAACCAGAAACUGUCAAGGAAUUGGAAUGUUCUAAACCUUUAUGGUGCCUCAACAAUCUAUGAAUUGUACAAAGCUUACCAUAAUUUCUAAAAGAGAAAAGCAGAAAAAAAAUAUGCCGAGAACUGUUUGAAAAGCGAAGUGCCUUUACCAUUCAUUUGUGACUUGUUUUCUUAAUUUUCUAUUUGUUGUUAGAACUGAAACCAGCAAAUCAAAACAAAUCAUAAAAUGUAUUCCUAUGAAAUAUUUUCUACUGUAUAGUGUAAUUUAUGACUAUAUGUAAAAACAAAACAAAAAUUGUAGCAAAAGCAAUAAUUAUGUUUUCAUACCUGAAUUUGCCUCCUUGCUUCACGGAAAAGCUGGUUUAUGUAGCAGAACAACAAAAAAUUAUAUUGUAAUUGCUUUUUCAUGGUUUAGGAUUUGAUAUAUUUUUAUGAACAUUAUCUAUUGGAAAGGUAUAUAAUGACAUUUUGGAACACUUGCUUUGUAUUCAGUUUUGAUACUCUUUUUCAGAACAUGACGAACAUGCUUUUUCCAUGUUUUUCUAUACAAAUAUUAGGGCUGAAAUGUUUGAUAGACUGAUCUGUUACAUUUGUCAAUGAAAACACCAUACGUUUGAUUAAAAAGGUGCCUCCUGAUUAACUGAGCAGCAGAUUUUAAAACCUUUGUUUAAACUUAUUUUUAAUACAAGGAAAAGCUGAGGACAGCAUGUGGCAUACUGUAGCAUUCCCUGUUCUCUCUGCUACUUACAUAGAUAUGUCUGUUCCAGGUGGUGCUUAUUGCAA